AUGGCUGUGAGCAUGAAGUAUGCCAGGAAAUUGAAGAACAAGGAUCCUGACACUUGUCCUCCAGUCACUACUGAUGACCUGAAGCAGGCAGAGGAUCAGAAAAUAAGGUUAGUCCAAGGUAAGGCGUAUCCUGAAGAGCUAGCAUCCCUGAGCAAAGGGACUAGAUCUGCUGUCAAAGCUGGCAGCAAAAUUGCGCCAUUGGAUCCCUUCCUGGAUGAUAAGGGGAUUAUUAGAGUUGGUGGUCGCCUGAGUCGAUCAUCCAUGUCAUAUGAAGUCAAGCAUCCAGUCUUGAUUCCGCGUACUUGUCACUUAGCUAGCUUGAUAGUUAAACAUUUCCACCAGAAGGUUGGUCAUUCCGGUAGAGGAAUGACGUUAAACAGUAUCAGACAGGCUGGGUUUUGGAUUGUAAAUGCCCGGUCGAUAGUUGCUAAGUUCAUCAUGGGCUGUGUGUGUUGUAGAAAGCUUCGGGGAAACCCCUGUGUUCAAAAAAUGUCUGACCUGCCUACCGACCGCUUGGAGCCAGCCGCCCCCUUCAGCUAUGCUGCCGUUGAUCUAUUUGGCCCUUUCACUGUCAAGUCCGGUCGUAGCGAACCCAAGCGUUGGGGUGUUAUGUUCACAUGUCUGGCCAGUCGUGCGAUUCAUAUCGAGACCGCAAAUCAAUUGACCACAGAUUCAUUUCUCAAUGCGUACCGCCGACGUGUGAGUAGACGUGGCAAAAUCCGAUUUUUGCGAUGCGAUCGUGGUUCGAACUUCGUAGGUGGACAGAAUCAAUUGUUAGCAGCGUUGCAGGAAAUGGAUCGCGAUAAGAUCAAGCAUGAGUUGCUGAAAGACGAUUGUGACUGGGUUGAUUUCGAAAUGAACUUUCCUGUGAGCAGUCACAUGGGCGGUGUAUGGGAACGAAUGAUUGGCGCAGCGCGUAAGGUGUUGUCUGCUCUGCUCAUGGGCACAGGAGCUCAGCUUGAUGACGAGUUGUUACGUACAUUACUCUGCGAGGUUGAAUACAUAGUUAACUCGCGCCCGUUAACAGUUGUAGAUUCCACUUCUGCGGACCUAGAGCCCCUGUCACCAAUUCAGCUGCUUACCCUGAAAUCUCAGGUGGUGAAGCCACCGCCGGGCAAGUUCGUUAAACAGGACAUAUACUCUAAGAAAAGGUGGCGUUGUGUACUGGCUCUUGCUAACCAGUUUUAG